GCUCGAAACAUGACCGUUGAAGGUCACGAUCUUUGUUUAAGCUUAUUGAUCAGUGAUUUGGAGAAAUCCUUUUCAUCAGUUGCAGCCACUCCUACUUUCAUUGAAGGAAUUGAGAUUUUUGAAAUCAAAUGGGAAAGCUUAGAGCCAAAUCCGACUAUGAAAGUCUGAGGAAUGCUCGCAUCGUAGAGAACCAGGCUCGAUUAGCCUCUCUGGGAGUGCACAAAACCAUCUCCGACCUAAGGUCCAUCGUUUCCUCUGCAAAACCUAAGGUCCGAAAAUGGCAGAAGAAGGAAUACGUUAUCACGCCUGUGCGCCGCUCCACUCGUUUCAAGGGAACCCCUCUUUCUUCAUCUCUCGCCAGCAAUUCUUUGCGUAGAUCUAACCGGCUCAGGGGAAAAGCGAUUGAUUUUGAAGAACGGGAAGAAGGGAGUGAUUCUUAUUCAAGCGAAGGGAAAGAAAAAAGGCCUGCAAAUGCUCCAUUGGUGAUGAUUGAUGAUGCGAGUCUUCAAUUGUCACCUGAGGAUUCUUCUCGGCGCUGCAAUCGAAAGGAGGGGAGGGGAAGUGUUUACAAUUCUAUUUGUGGAAUUUGCUGCCAUUUCUGCAGGCAAAAGACAUUAUGUGCUGAGAAAGACUGCAAGCGAUGCGGUAAUCUCGAUGUUAAUCAGCCGUGCAUAGGAAAGACGGAUUGUUCAGUUUGUCACUCUAGCAAUGGUGUUCUGUGUCGGGCUUGUCUCAAGAUUAGGUAUGGUGAAGAACUGGAAGAGGUACGAGAAAAUAAGGAAUGGAUGUGCCCGCACUGCAUAGAAGAAAAAGGGAUCAAUCCUUAUUGGAUAUGUAAUAGUUCAUUGUGUUUGAAGAAUCGAAAGAUGACUCCAACAGGAAUAGCAAUCUACAGAGCACGGGAGUUGGGAUACAAAUCGGUUGCGCAUCUGCUGAUGGAUGAGCUUCAGCGUAAAAAUCCUUCAAGAUUGAUGAUAUGCUGCAAGUGAUUACACUCAAUUUUCAAGGUACUGUCCAUGCGGCAGUUGACGAUGUGUACCAGAAUGACUUUGACAUUCUUGUUAGGGAAUCACUGUACUUGAUGCUAACUCUUUGUAUCGACCAACUGCUUUAAAUCAAAUUUAUGAGAUGUAGCAAGUCCUCCGUUAGCUGAA